AUGUUUACCGCCUGCCCAUCACCCCGCCGGCCAGCCCGUCACCCCGCCGGCCUGCCCGUCAACCCCCGGCCUGCCCGUCACCCCCCCCCCGGCCUGUUCGUCACCCCCCCAGCCUGUCCGUCACCCCCCCGGCCAGCCUGUCACCCCGCCAGUCAGCCCGUCACCCCACCAGCCCGUCACCCCGCCGGCCUACAUGUCACCCCACCGGCCUGCCCGUCACCCCGCCGGCCUGUCCGUGACCCUGCCAGCCAGCCCGUCACCCCGCCGGCCAGCCUGUCAACCCCCGGCCUGCCCGUCACCCCCCCCCAGCCUGUCCGUCACCCCCCCGGCCUGUCCGUCACCCCGCCGGUCAGCCCGUCACCCCACCAGCCCGUCACCCCGCCGGCCUGCAUGUCACCCCGCCGGCCUGCCCGUCACCCCGCCGGCCUGUCCGUGACCCUGCCAGCCAGCCCGUCAACCCCCAGUCUGCCCGUCAGUCCCCCGGUCUGUCCAUCACCCCGCCGGCCUGCCCGUCACCCCACCGGCCUGUCCGUGACCCUGCCAGCUAGCCCGUCACCCCGCUGGCCAGCCUGUCAACCCCCAGCCUGCCUGUCACGCCCCCGGCCUGUCCAUCACCUUCCCGGCCAGCCCGUCACCCGCCCCGCCCCCCGGCCUGCCCGUCACUCCACCGGCCUGCCCGUCAUCACCCCCCAGCCAGCCUGUCUGGGAACAGCCCUGCUGGGAAGCCCUAUUUCAAGCGGAGGCAGGUGUGCGCACUUUGACGAGGAGCAGUUACCUGCUCGCACUCCCUAUGAGGCUUUUAUGGAGAUUGUUACGUGCACGGACCCAUGA